GUCUGUAGAACAAGCGCCUUUGACAAUUGUACAUGCCACUUGCAAACAUGAAGGUGGUAUACGUGCUUUGCCUAGUGACACUGGUGACCGCUAUGCCGACGGUCAAGGAAGACGGAGUCAUGGAUAAGUUCAUAUCGACGUUAAGGGACUGUGUGGAAACCGAUACGAUGCUGUGUUUGAAGGAAAAAGCGAUGAAGUUCACAGAAAACCUAGCCGUAGCGAAGGACUUCAGCGUGGUAGACGGCAUCACAUUCUCAAGAACCGGUUCACCAAGAUCAGCUCGAAGCUACGAUCCGUUGCCUGAUGAACCUCAAGCCAGGGAACUCCAGGUUGAAGAGAGGAUCAUGGAGAAUGUCGUAGACUUCCUAGAUAGCCAUGCUUUACAAUUGAGGAUGCCCAAGGCAUUUACUGAAGACAAUUCUAUUGAUGAAGAAGGUCGUGGCAAGAAAAAGAAGAAGUUGAAGAAACUCCUCCCCAUCUUAGCUCUGAUUAAACUGAAGUUAGCUGCUCUCGUGCCUUUGUUCCUCGGUAUCAUCGCAUUUGCAGUCUUCAAGGCAUAUAUUCUUGGAAAGAUUGCUUUCAUUGCAGCUGCUUUCGGAGCUUUGAAGAAGCUUCUAGAAUCUAAGUCGAAGAGUGGAGGAGGUGGUGGUGGAUGGGCUGAACCAGCUCAUGAGGAACAUGGAUGGGAAAGCGGUGGUGGCGGUGGAUGGGGCAGGUCACAAGAUGUGGCUCAAAACAUCGCGUAUGCUGCUCAUAUCAAGCAAGCGUAACACGUAGACAAUUCUUUAGGUUAAUUUAUACCAAUCAGGGAGAGAAAAGGCUGGAUUAUUACCAGUUAGCCAGCUUGUCUUUUCAAAUUCUUCAUUUAUGACGUUAACUAAGUAAUAAUUAAUUUAUUAAUACCAUCUAAGAUUUUAACACAUUUUAAAUUUUGUUUAUUUAUUAUUUAUCUGUGUUGUUGUGUUGACCACCGUUUAUAAUCGAGAUUAGUGUGCGUGUAUCAGUAUUUUUGUUUGUAUUAUUAAAAUUAUAUUUAUAUUAUUUUAACGCUUUAAGUUCUUGACUGAUUUUUAAUUUAGUUUAUUUUUAUUAUCUUUAUGUAUUAUAUUAUCUUCUUUUUUAUCUUUUAUUAUCUAUAUUUAAGUAUUUACUCACAUUUUAUAAUUUAAGUAUUUUUUAUAGGAAUAAGCGUGUGCUUACCAAAUACUUAAGUUUUUUCGUUCCAAAGAUUUAUUUAUUUUUAUUUUAUCUUAUUAUUUAUAUUAUAACCAACUUUUAGGUAUUAUUUUACCAACUUAUAGUUGAGUGUGCGAGUGAAACGAGUCAUGUUUAUUACGGAAACCAUUUAUUUUGUCGAAUUGUUAACAGUAAGUUGAAAAAAUUACUGUUUUGCGAUGGAUCCGCGUAAAAAAAUAAAUGUCGUUUUCGAAAAAUU